AUGGCUGGAAUCCAGGGGCAACUCGAACGUGGGGCAGUGCCGAAUCAUAUCUCCAAUGUCUGUCCCAAGGGAACGAAGUUCCAUGUCCUAGAGGUUGGAUGGCUAGAAUGUGAUGAGGCGUUUGUGAUUCGCGGCGGAAACACCAGCUUGAAAAGCACCGAGGGCAAAUCUUUCGUCAACAAACGUCGAGAACUUCCCAUGUACUGUAUAUUGAUUGAACAUCCACAUGAAGGUCUCAUUCUGUGGGAAACCGGAUGUGGAAAAGAUUACCCCGAGGUCUGGGGACCUCAAGUCGCCGACGUGUUCUCACGCAUCCGUUACGAGCCGCAGCACGAAUUAAAAGCAGCGGUAGAGGCGACAGGGAAUAAACUUGAAGAUAUCAAGAAGAUCAUCAUUGGUCAUUUGCAUCUUGACCACGCAGGCGGGCUAGACAUGUUCCUGGACCGGAAAGAUGUCGAAGUCUGGGUUCAUGAUAAGGAGUUGAGAUCUGCUUUCUGGUCUGUAGCCACAGGUGCAGAUGUUGGUGUUUAUCUUGAGCACUAUCUCAAGUUGAGUUUGUGA